AUGAAUUAUUAAGCUGUUUUAGAUUAGAUCAAGUGCUAUGAGCCGCACUUCGAUGAUUAUAAUUUCCUUGAUCUCUAGAAGUUGCAUGCAAAGCUAAUAAUCACUAAUAAUUAUGUUUAUUAUGGGCAAUUUGAAAACAAUCUUAGACAUGGAAAAGGUUAAUUCUGCAUCUCUAUGAGAUAGAGUGGACGCAAGUAUGAAGGGCAGUGGUAGGAUGACUAGAAGUAAGGGUACGGUUGGGAAUUGUUAGCCAACGGGUCUCAAUACGAGGGGAAUUAUGCAAUGGGAAAACCGCAUGGAUAAGGCAAAUUUAUUUGGCCGAAUGGAGAAGUGUAUGAAGGCGAAUGGAACUUGGGCGUUAAAGAGGGUCAAGGGACAUGGUACGGUUUAAAGGGCGAGUAAUACUAAGGGGAAUGGAUAAACAAUGUGGCUUAUGGAUAUGGAGAACACAUUCAUAGCAAUGGUGAUCGUUAUGUGGGGAAUUUCAAGGAUUGGCUGAAAAAUGGAGAGGGUCAAGAAUACUUUAGCAAUGGAGACCGGUACCAAGGGAACUAUUAAAAUGGUAAACCUCAUGGCUAUGGAGAAUACUAUUGGAGUAAUGGGGCCGUAUUUUAAGGGUAUUUUAAGGAUGGAUUGAGAUGCGGAAAAGGAAUUUGGAAGAGAAGAGAAGAUCCUCCAUCGGAUCAAUAUUAAGGAGAAUAUGAAGAGGAUAAGAAAAACGGAUAUGGAGUAUAUAAAUGGUCCAAUGGCAAUGAAUACAGGGGCAUCUUUCUGAAUGAUUACAAACACGGUUAUGGUGAAAUGCAUUAUGUUGAUGGGAAGGUACUUAAGGGAAAUUGGGAAAUAAGGAAAAUUAGUUAAUGA